AUGUCUGAUACCAGCAACAACGGCGAGCUCAAGCACGAGCCAAAGCCAACCACCGUUGAGAGCGUCGAUGACCACGAGAUCGGCACUGCUCGUGGGAAUCACUCGUCUAGUGAAGAUGAAGUCCCCAACGACUUCUGGCCUCGCUCCCGCGCACCGCAGCCAGAGUCUCCGGUCACGUCACCCCGAACCACUCCGCCCAACUUGGCUUCCUGGGGCGUCGAUCCUCACCCUGCCGUAUGCUCUUCAUCGCUUUCCAACAGCGACGACGGUCCCGGAUGGGCCGAUACCCAGGAGCUCAUGGCCCUCGAUCUCUAUGAUCGCCUCGCCGAGACGACCGAGCAGAUGAUGGUCAUCAAGAGCCACCUGGCCAUGUGCCAGAAGCAGCUCCAGGCCCUCGAGGCCAUGCUGUCCUCGGAGCAGCGCAGCAGCAAUUCAGGUGGUCAUCAUGUCGUCCGCCUUGCUCCCGGUUGGCCUUGGUACCAGGCUCCUGUUGUCCAAUGGCCAGCUUGGCCUUGGUAA